AUGGCAUCCCAAGGCCAGGUCGUUUUCUGGAGCAUGACUACUGUCAUUAUAGUCCUGGCGGCGGUGAUUGCCCUGAUCAUUGGUUUUGGUGUCUCAGGGAAGCGCUCUAUCAGUGUCACCACAUUGCCAUCCCCUGGGAACAUCGGCCAGAACAGCAUCUUGGGCUGCACCUUUGAGCCCGACGUUGAGCGCGGCAGCACGGCGAUUCGGUGGGCAAAGGCCGGCCUGGCGGGGCUGGUGCAUGAAUUCAGAGGCGGGGAGGACCACCUACGGGAGCAGGAUGCUUCGUUCCAGGGCCGUACGGCGGUGUUCGCGGACCAGGUGGCUGGCGGAAACGCGUCCCUGCUGCUGCGCAGCGUGCGGCUCGCUGAUGCCGGCGCCUACAGCUGUGCCGUCACCACAGCCCGGGGCAGUGGCGCAGCCGUGCUGCAGUACAGGACCGGAGCCUUCAGCAUGCCUGAGGUCCAUGUGGAGAAAAGCAGCAGUGGGGACACUCUGCAGUGUGAAGCACCACGCUGGUUCCCUCGCCCCACAGUGCACUGGACCGCCGACGGCAACGCAGGAAACAACCUGCCCCAGGUUGCUAACACCAGCUAUGAGCUGAACUCUGAAAACAUCACCUUGAAGGUGGUCUCUUUUUUACACAACAUUAUGGCUAACACCACCUACACCUGCGUGAUUGAAAACAACAUUGCCAAGGCUACAGGUGACAUCAAAGUGACAGUCUUUCACUGUUCUUCCAUUGCAGAUUUCAACAUUACAAGGGGGACCAACUUGCAGCUGGUGAACCUGAACAUAGACUCAAAGUCCUCCUCCCUUCCAGCCUGUCACUGGAUGCUUCUACUCCCUCUGUAUCUGCUGUCUAUAUAA